AUGGUGGUGAAUCCCGCUUGUCGAGGUAGCGGCGCCGGCAUAGGGACUGUGGCAGUUUCCUGCCUAUGUUCAGAUGUGAGGAUUGAGGUAGUAUCCCACUCGCAUAACUUUCUUUGUCGCAAGAGUGUGCAGGACUUUAUAUCAUAUCUCUGGGAUGCACAUGAAAAGUUAACCAUGUCAGAUGAUGAGAUUAAGCAGUUGUGCUUAAUAGAUAUAGACAAGAUCUUACAUUCCUAUUAUAAAACCUUGAAAGACUAUCCUCCUAUGCCUUUAGCAACUGAAGUUGAUAGUUCUUUGUUAACCGAAAGGGUUAUCAGGGAAGAGCUAAAAUUUAACAGGGAUGAUUUAAAGAAAAAUACUUCAGACAUGUUAGCCAUCGCAACACCUGAGCAGAAAUAUGCAUUCGAUAAAAUUGUUACAGCUAUACAUUGUGAUGAAGGGAACCUUAUGUCUGCUGAGAUUCGCUCAAGGGGUGAUAUUGUGUUAAACAUUACUUCAAGUGGUAUUGCAUCUUUACUUCUUCCCAAUGGAAGAACGGCACACUCAAGUGGUCUUUGUAAUGGUACAAGGCUACAAGUUAGGAAGAUUGGAAAUCAUGUCAUAGAAUGUGAAGUCCUAAUGAGUAACAAUGUUGGUCAUAUUGCUUUGAUUCCAAGAAUGAAUAUGGUACCAACAAAUGAAACCGUCCCAGUUGGAUUCCAAUGA